AUGAGCAGCCAAUUGCCGGCCGAUGAUCGAGAUUACGACCUGACAGGCGCCCACUCGGCCUUGCUGGGCGGCAUCAUGCAUCCGCGGCUGGAUGACGCGGACGCCGGGAUGUGGGCUUGGCGCCAGCCUUGGUCCUCACCCGUCCGCGCCCCGGCCAAGCGGGUCCAAGCGUCCCUGGCCCUAGCCAAGCCUGAUGCCGACGAUGCCCUCGAGGAGUACUGGGACGCACGAGAGGACUUCCUCGAGGCAGAGCGCGUAGCGGACAACAUCCAGACCGCGCACGGCAUCCUAGGCUGUCUGGCGUUCGCCCUCUUCUUCCCUAUGGGCGCGGUGCUGAUCCGCAUUUUCCCGCGCCGCAUCACCGUCUGGCUGCACGCCGCGUGGCAGAUCUUCACCUGGUGCAUCGCGCUGGCCGUCAUGGCCAUGGGCAUCUGGAUGGCCCGCGGCAACGAGUAUAUGCAGAGCCACCACGCCAAGAUUGGUCUUGUCGUUGUCAGCGGUCUGGUCCUUCAGCCCUUCACCGGCUUGCUGCACCACUUGCGUUUCAAGAAGACUGGGAGCCGGACGCUGAUGUCGUAUGUUCACAUCUGGUGGGGCAUCCCACUGAUCACGCUCGGGACUAUCAAUGGCGGGUUUGGACUGCAGCUGGCUGGGUCGAGUCGCACGUAUAUGAUUGUGUAUGGCGUUUUUGCGGCCAUCAUUUGGGUUGGGUGGAUGAUUCUCUCCUUCUUGUCUCAGUGUCUCAAGAGAUCCAAGCCGUCACCAGCUCACAGUGGGAGAAAGAUCUCGAACGAGGAGGUUCCGGUCAUGCGAGAUGUUACUGCUGAUGAGCCACAUGGCGGGCACAAGCAAUAUGCGUAG